UUUGGGCAUAGAUUCCCCUUUACAAUCCUAACCCAACUCAUUUAAUAUUCCUUUUCCAUUUAACACAAAAACACGUUUCUAACACAAAACACGAAAACCCUUUUACAGCACAAAUUUAAAAAGCAGAUCUCAAAAGUUCUCUAUUUAAAGUGACUCACUCUAUUACUUCUCUUUCACAGAUUCAUUUCUCUCAACGCUUUCUCUUGUUCAUCUUCCACUUUCAACAAUUCUUCAAUAACCCAUCAAAAAGUGUGUAGAUAUAUUUUCUGAAGAAGAAAAUGAUGAGUAAUGAAGAGUUAGUUAUUCAAGACGAGUAUCUUUACAAAGAAGAGACGCGACUCACUGUUCUGAAAACGUCUCGGUUCUUCACUGGUGAUGGAUUUGUCGUGUACGAUUGUAAGGGACAACUCGUUUUCCGAUUCGACUCGUAUGGACCUCACACUCGUGAUAAGGAAGAACUUGUUCUCAUGAAUCCUCAUGGUCGUUCUCUUCUCACCUUGCGUCGAAAGAAACCUAGCCUUCAUCAACGAUGGGAAGGGUUCAAAGGAGAGAGAAAGGACGGUGAUAAACCUAUUUUUAAUGUAAAAAGAUCCUCAAUAAUCGGACGGUCACGAACAACCAUAACUGUGGAAGUACACGAUAAUUCCGGUGUGGAGUACUUCAUUGAAGGGUGCUUCCCACAACGAUGUUGUAAGAUUUUCAACGCCACAAAAAAAUUAGUGGCUGAGAUUCGUCGUAAAGUGGACCCCACCACCAAUGUUAUGCUUGGAAAAGAAGUGUUCAUGCUUUGCGUUCAACCUGAUUUUGAUGUGUCCUUUGCCAUGGGAUUGGUUUUGGUACUGGAUCAAAUCAACGGUGAGAAUUUCUUUGAUAAUGGGAUGGUCGAGACUUCGGUGCACCCUACUGCAGAAGAUUGAGGAAUUGGUUGUUCUUCUGUUUUAUUUAAGAUUUUUAUUUUAAACCAAAAAUAUUACUCACUUAAAAGUUUAAUGACCUUUUCAAGACAUUUUAAUUUUUUUUCCUUCUUUUUUUCACAUUUAUCGGUCCAUUAUUGUAUGAGAUUAAUAAAAUGGUUAAUGGUGGAUAUUUAUAUCUUUCAAAAUUCAA